AAGUUCCCCCAGCCUUGCCCUCACCACCCAGGCCCCAUGGUUCACCCUCACCCCCUCCUCAAGGGAAAAAGCCUGGCCUGAACCCUGUUGCCUAGCAACCUUGCCUAAGCCAUAUGGGGCUCCCAUUGUCUUACCAGGCAAGCCCUCAGUGGUCUCCAGUUGUCUACCAGGCAAGCCCUCCGUGGACUGAUGGGAUGGGUUGGGGGUCCUGAGUGAGAAGAGACCCUAGGAGGGGCAGUAGUAGGCGACCGAAACGUCACAGCCCGGAUUGGGAAGCCACUGGUGCUGAACUGUAGGGGGGCCCCCAAGAAACCACCCCAGCAGUUGGAAUGGAAACUGGUAAGCAGGGCUCCUGUCACAGCUUCCCCACUUCCAGAGAGACCAGCGAUGAUUUGUAUCCCCACCUCCCUGCCUCAGGAGUCCUUUCCCAAAGGACCUGCCCUGCUCAGGCCCCUCUCCUCUGUCCCCAGAACACAGGCCGAACAGAAGCUUGGAAGGUCCUGUCUCCCCAGGGAGGUCCCUGGGAUAGUGUAGCUCGAGUGCUCCCCAAUGGCUCCCUCCUCCUGCCGGCAGUAGGGAUCCAGGAUGAGGGGACUUUCCGGUGCCAGGCAAAAAGCAGGAAUGGAAAGGAGACGAGGUCAACCUACCAAGUCCGAGUCUACCAGAUUCCUGGGAAGCCAGAAAUUGUGGAUCCUGCCUCUGAACUCAUGGCUGGUGUCCCCAAUAAGGUGGGGACAUGUUUGUCCAAGGGGGGCUACCCUGCCGGAACUCUUAACUGGCACUUGGAUGGGAAACCCCUCAUACCUGAUGGCAAAGGAGUGUCCGUGCAGGAAGAGACCAGGAGACACCCUGAAACAGGGCUUUUCACACUCCAGUCAGAACUGAUGGUGACCCCAGCCCGGGGAGGAGCUCCCCAUCCCACUUUCUCCUGUAGCUUCAGUCCUGGCCUUCCCCGGCGCCAAGCCCUACACACGACCCCCAUCCAGCUCAGCGUCUGGGAGCCUGUGCCUCUGGAGGUCCAAUUGGUGGUAGAGCCAGAAGGUGGAACAGUAGCUCCUGGUGGUACCGUGACCCUGACCUGUGAAACCCCUGCCCAGUCCUCCCUUCAAAUCCACUGGAUCAAGGACGGCGUGCCCCUGCCCCUUACCCCCAACCCUGUGCUGCUCCUCUCUGAGGUAAGACCUCAGGACCAGGGAACCUACAGCUGUGUAGCCACCCAUCCCAGCCAUGGGCCCCAGGAAAGCCGUGCUGUCAGUGUCCACAUCAUCGAAACAGAGGAGGGGCCAACUGCAGGUUCUUUGGAAGGGCAGGGGCUGGGAACUGUAGCCCUAGCCCUGGGGAUCCUGGGAGGCCUGGGGAUGGCUGCCCUGCUCAUUGGGGCCGUCAUAUGGCAAAGACAGCGACGCCAAGGAGAGGAGAGGAAGGCCCCAGAAAACCAGGAGGAGGAGGAGGAGGAGCGCGAAGAGCUGAAUCAGUCAGAGGAGCCUGAGGCAGCUGAGGGCAGUGCAGCAGGGCCUUGAGGGAUGCACAGCCAGACUCCAUCCAUCACCUCCAUUUUCUUUCCCCUCACCCCUGCUCUGUUCUGGCCCCACACUAGUUCUUUCCUGUGUAACUGUACCCACCUCACCAAACGUGCUUCCACAACCAGAGCCUCCCAACAGUGAGAAGUAAACACCUUGCCCUAUUUGCUCAUGUA